GGAGAUAUACAUAUAUAAACAUAUACAGCGUUUUUUUUGAACCAUCGCUACAACCCCUUAUUCGAAGCCAAAACCACUCACAAACCUUCCCCUUAGCGAGAGGAAUCCAACGGUGAAAGAAUCGUUGGAAACGGUCGAGAAACGAGGGAGAUAUUGCUCGCCGGAGUUUCGCCGGGGAAACUUUCCCGACGAAAAACAGAGAAGCAGAAGCCGCCAUCACCGCCGCCAACCCUUCACCGACCUGCGCCGUCCCUGGAGGAGUGCACCGCUACCGCCGUUGGCCGUUUCGUCGAGGUGAAUAGUUAGAGAACGAAGUUGAAGAAGGGAAUUAGGAGCAUCCGGACUAGAGGUGACUGAUGUUUUGACUGAACCAUCUGGACCAAUGGACGAUUCAAAUACAGUCAGGGAGUUAGAUAUUGGUACAACUUCUAAGCAGAUCAUAUCACCCGCUCUUCUUGAAGUGGUUGAUUCUGAGUUGGCAUCAUCAGGACCAAUUGAUGAUUCUUAUUAGGAUGAGGUUGUGGCAGAUUUGCAAAGUGCUCCCAUUAAAACUCCAGCACCAGAACAAAUGUCGAUGGAAAUACUUGGUAAACGACUAAAAUUCCCAUCCAAGUACAGGGUCAGCCCUUAUACAGCGCCAAAAGGAAAGCGGUUGAAAACCAUUGCUGAACCGAGUCACACCAUCAACCCAAUCUUCAUCAAUGAAUCCCUUGAGGAAUGGAAUGAACUUAAGGAUUGGAUUGAGGAUGAUGACCAGCAUCCUCCUUUGAGUGUUGUUCUAAUGAUCCCUGAUGAAUUCGAAGUGAACAGAGGAUUUUUCCAAGACUUGCUCACAUGUAAUAUUUGGUUGGCCACCUACCAUCUUGAUGCCAUCACCUUCUUGCUAAAUAGAGACAAGGUUGCAGCCAAUUGUACCAUUUUGAGCCCAUAUCUUGUGCAUACUAUCAUGACGAAGGAAAUUGGCGAGGUGAAAAAUUGGGCUGCAGACAAAUGUUUGACCAAACAAGAUUGGCGAUCAUUUGAAAGGGUCUUACUUCCUUUAAACAUACAGAACAAGCAUUGGAUCUUGGCAGAAGUUGUGUUGCAAAAGAAGUUGGUUCGAGUAUAUGAUUCGUUGAAGAGCGGUAGAAGUGUUUUUCAUGUAAGGGAAUUAUGUGAUCGGCUGCCAUACCUCCAUAGCUUAUUUACGAUGUCCCCUCUAGAGAAGGAAGUGCAACCAUGGGUUGCUGACUUAGUUGAGGGUGUUCCCCAACAGGGGCCAGGCUCAGGAGAAUGUGGAGUCAUGGUUGCAUCAUAUGCAGAACACCUUUUAUUGGGAAAGCCCUUGGUUCCAGGUUGUGAGUAUUCCAACAUGUGGAAUAAGCGAUGUCAAUAUGCUGUACGUUUGUGGGGAGUGAAGAAUGUGGACAAAUCAUAGGAAUUCUGGAAUGCCUAUUUAAUGUGGGAAAGCUAUUUUUUUAGGUUGUUAUUGCUGUUGCAAACAUUAUGGAUGUAAAACCUUCGAAUGUUACAUGUUGUAAUUAAACCUAUUGUGUUAAAUUAAACCUAUUAUGUUGUUUUGUGAAGUUU